GUUGCAUUCGAUGGAUUUUGAUCAGAGGCUCCGAGUCGCGACUUCGCACUUAAGUCGUUACUCAAGAACCCUGUCAUUCUUAGUAGUGUAACUGCCAGGAGAGCACUUAAGGAUCCCUUCAAUGCUGCGUACAUCUUCCACCUUCGAUUCCGGCCUGUCGCGUGAGGCACGUAGUUUCGAUCUGCCAUCCGAACUGGUGAUCAAGAUACUAGCAUGUCUGUCUCCUCUCGAUCUUCUCGUCUGUCGUCUGGUUUGUACAACGUUUGACUCGAUCAUAUGUGGUACUGCCGUCUUGCAGUACAUUCUCGACUUGCAUCGAUAUGGUUACGCCGAUCGCCCUUCCAUAGCUUCCCCAACCUCCGAUCGCCUCCAGGCCUUGCAUGAGAUUCAGAAUACCUAUUCGCAUUCAAAUCCCAGGUUGACGCAGACCAUCAUCCCAAAUCUAGCUGAUUGCGUUCCUUUUCCUCCUCCUUAUAAGGUCCAAAUCAUGAACCAUCAUGGCGCUCAUAACGGGAGUUUCUUCCUCGUAGUGACAGGCGUGCACGAUCCGGAGUUGUUUUGUCUUUUAGAUGUGACAACCGUUGCCGAUUCCUUGACACUCGGAACGGGAAAUGUUGUCCACAUUGAUCGUCUCGCAGACUUAAUGCCCCAUGUAUGGUUUUGUUUUGUUGAUCGAGAUCAGGACGUCUUGAUAACCGUGACGGUUCAUUUGGGAAGCAAUCGUGUUCUACAUAUUAUGUCGCUCUGCGAAGGCAUUUCUCACCCUCGUGCUUGCAUGCCUUACAUUGCAGUCCCUAUGGUUAAGCCAGAUGGAUAUGUUGAGGUCAUUGACAUCCAGGGAGACUAUUUUACUGUGAAGGCAGGGGGAAACUAUGAGUAUCGCAUUCAUACUGAUAUUCAUCUAUAUCACUGGCCAAGUGGCACACAUGUCAAGCAUUGGGCAAUGACAGAGACCCAUGACUGCCUUGAUGCUGCUUUGACUGAAGAUGGGUUUAUUCUUGUCAGUGUCAGGUGUCAUGAACCAGAGGAAAAUUUGCACAUUCAAGUAUGGCAUAUUGAGAAUGUCUUUGAAGCCAUUCAUAUUGCAACAUUCUGCUUGCCACACAUGAUAGACCAUGCUGGUUCAUGGUUGAUUUGUUACUGGUGCAGAAGAUCCAGCAUGGCUUCUCCUUCUUGUGCUGUCAAACCAACAUAUCCUGGCCCUCUACUACAUCUUUCAUUCCAUAACAGCUACAGCCUCUUCACAACAGUUGACACCUUUCUUCCACCAUACUCAUGGAAAGAACACUCUUCCACAGAGAUUCCAAUGUUUUCUUGGUUAGAGUGGGGCCCUCUGCAUACAAGAGUCAUCAAACAAUCACGGGAUCUUCGCUGGGUAACCACAGUCAGUGGCUAUCAUGUCAUAUUCCCACAUUGCAUCUGGGAUUUCAGCAAAGAAAGCCUCAGACUUGCCAAUGACAUGCAGAACCAAAUGACAACAUCCUUCCUUCAUCCUAUUUACACCAUGUCAACAAUUCCUUGGAAGUGGCAGCAAUAUGACUUCCUGGAAGACAUUGUCACCCAACGACCCUACUGCCGAGUCCCUCUUCAUCUUCCAAAAGACUAUGUACCUGAUAUUGACACAACUGGAAUUCAUUCUUACUAUGUGGAGACUAUGGAUGGACCUAAGCUUAUGAUAUUUCAGACUGUUUCACAAACAGAUAAGUCUAUCAAGAGCAUUGACAUCAUCACUCUUUAAUAUAGGUCAAGACUGAAGUAUCUUAAUACAUUCAUUUCUAAAUUCGAUUCUGUUUGACUGUUAAAAGUGAGAAUAAUUAUAAGGCCCUUCAACUCAGGCUGUACAUUUUAGAGAUGAAACUUCAUGAGACUGAGGAACUUUGAAAUGGAGUAAUAAGUGUAUUGCCAGUGA